AUAUCACUUGAUCUAUAGGGUCCUCACAAAAGGAUUUUCAUCCGCCUCACUCGACUCCCGCCUCCCACACCGAACAAAGCGGAUCCAGUUUUUCUCCUACUUUCCGAAUCCAACCCUAUGACGACAAACACAACACGCUAAUACAAACAGUAUGCGCAGUACGAGUCUCCCUCCCCCUAUCUUACGCACCCCGCCUCCCUCCCCCUCCUGCGCACCUCACUGUUCCAUCGCCGCCAUCUUCUCCGCCACCAAAAACACCCUUUUGAAAAUCUGACAAAAUCUGCCCGACUUUUUUUUUUUUUUUUUUCAAAUAAGUUGAUGGAUUCAGAUAAACCCAGCAGCUUAUUUCUGGGUAAGGCGAUGAAGCCCACGUGGGCAUCUCUGCUCCUCGUACUCACCAUCAUGGUUGUCUUUUCCUACCAAAACUUCUCGACCAUGUCGAGGCUUCCGACAUGGGUCGGGUCGAUUUGGCCAACUGGAGUAUCCGAAACCCGAUUGGAUGCCCCAGCCAGGAGCUGUGCCGGGUUCUUCGAGGAUGUGCCGAAGCGGAAGGUGGUGAUGUCCAUCGAAGCUUUCGGUGGCGUUGGCGACGGAACCACCUCCAACACGGAAGCGUUUAGGAGGGCGAUACUCCACAUGCAGGCUUUCGGUAAUACCGGUGGGUCCCAGUUGAAUGUCCCCAAGGGGAGAUGGCUGACGGGGAGUUUUAACCUCACCAGUAAUUUCACGCUGUUCCUUGAACACGGCGCUGUAAUUCUCGGCUCCCAGGAUCCGAAGCAAUGGCCUGUAAUCGAGCCAUUGCCUUCUUAUGGAAGAGGGAGAGAGAGGUUAGGAGGAAGACAUAUAAGCCUUGUUCAUGGGGAUGGUCUCACAAAUGUUGUCAUUACAGGUCAUAACGGGACAGUUGACGGUCAGGGAAAAAUGUGGUGGGAACUAUGGUGGAACAGAACAUUGGAGCACACCAGAGGUCACCUCCUUGAAAUAAAAAACUCUCGCAACAUUCUCAUCUCGAACCUCACCUUCCGCAAUUCUCCUUUUUGGACCAUCCAUCCUGUUUACUGCAGUAACGUUGUUAUCAAGGACAUGACAAUCUUGGCCCCCCUUAACGCUCCUAAUACUGAUGGUAUAGACCCAGAUUCCAGUACUAAUGUGUGCAUUGAAGACUGUUACAUUGAGAGUGGCGACGAUCUUGUAGCAGUGAAAAGUGGGUGGGAUCACUAUGGAAUCAAAAUGGCUCGUCCAAGCUCAAACAUAAUAAUUAGAAGAGUUAAUGGCACCACUCCAACUUGCUCUGGAGUGGGAAUAGGUAGUGAGAUGUCUGGUGGGAUUUCAAAUAUCACCAUUGAGGAUUUGCAUGUUUGGGAUUCCGCAGCUGGGGUGCGGAUCAAAUCUGAUAAGGGUAGAGGGGGUUACAUAGCGAAUGUUAGUAUAAGUAACUUAAUGAUGGAAAGGGUGAAGAUACCCAUAAGGUUUAGUAGAGGGGCGAAUGAUCACCCAGAUAAAGGAUGGGAUCCCAAAGCUGUUCCCCAUGUAAAGGGGAUUUUUAUUAGUAACGUGCUGAGUUUGAAUUCAACGAAAGCCCCAGAAUUGAAGGGCAUUGAGGGGGCAUCAUUUGAAAGGAUAUGCUUUAAGAAUGUCACAGUACUUGGUCUGGCUCCAUCUGCAGUGUGGCGUUGUGAAUUUGUUUCGGGUUUUGCAGAUGGGGUAUUUCCAGUGCCAUGUCCUCAGAUGGAGGAUAUGGGCUCGUUUGACUCUUGUAUGCAGCGGUGAGUUUCUUUGGAUGGCUUUUGGGUACAUUUUUGCAGAUACGAGGUCUAAGGUUGGAGGGUGAAGUCGAAUUACUCUGCAGAAGUUGGGUCUGCUUUUGGAAAUGAAUGCGAACCACAUUGUGGAGAUGGGCAUAAUCAGCUAAGGCAUUUUGUAAGUGAGAUGUCUAGCUGCUGGUGUUCAAUUUGCACAUAGAGAUGCAGUUUUCUUGUGUAUUGGAUCCGUUGUGCACAAGCUAGAUGGGUGAUCUCCAGAAUUUACUGACCGGGUUACGUUGCUGUGGUCUUUAAUUAUUAACCUCGAGAAUGAUUAUUUAUUUAUAACUGCUGCCUGCGGUGGUGCUACACAUACAUACUGAGAAAGUAGAGAUGAUAGCGAUGGUGAAAACCGGAGAUAAAGCUGAACUGAACUUGUAUAGAAAUGAUACAAGGGUAAUGUAACAUUGUUUUGUGAACUUCAUAUUCAUUUCGUUUAUGAUUGAUUUAUGUUAAGAAUUUACAAGA